AUGCAGUAAGAUAAAUAUUCAACCUAUUUUUAGGAAAAAUCCUGAAGAAUAAUUAAUAAAACUUUUAGCUAGUUUGGCAGCUUUAGAAAUAAUGGAAGAAUAAUAUCAAAAAAAACAGUAAAAAGAUUUAAUGUUUCUUCUCUAACUUUUGGCUAGCACCUAAUCAAGAGAAAAAAAAGUUCUAUAGUUAGUCUCUUGCUGUUAGGACACUUGUAAAUGUGAAAGCAAAUCAAAAAAAGUUAAAAAAUGGUAACAUCAUUGUGGUGGAGAUGUUUAUUAAACAAAUCAAGGAACAAUAAUGUGUGAGAAAUGUGGAUUUGAGAAAGCUGCUAACUAUUGGUAUUUAUAUUGCCAAAACGAAACUGCAGAUAAUUACAAUUAUCCUGUUAACUCCCUUGAAAAUUGUAUAUUUAAUUGUGGAGAAUCCUUAAAACAAGUUAAGGAUAAAAAGGUUGCUGCGGAUUUUUUAAAAGAAUAUUAUGAUUCUCUUAAAGCCAAAGCUGAAUAUUGA